AUGAAACGUUUGGUGAUCUGUUUGCUACUGUUGGGUGUGUCUCAAGUCACACCCACAUUGCACGCAUUUAAGAAGUCUUUGUUGUUCGGUGGAGGUGGCGGUGGCGGUUGCGGUGGUGGCUGUGGCGGCGGGGGCUUUGGAGGUUAUGGUGGAGGUGGCGGUGGAUAUGGCGGUGGCGGACAUGGCGGCUAUACCUCUCCCAGUAUAGUGGUAGUGAAACAGUUACCUUCAUAUGGCGGCGGUGGCUAUAGCGGUGGUGGCUAUAGCGGUGGUGGUGGUUGUGGUAGUGGUGGUUGCGGCGGUGGCGGUUAUAGACCCAACUAUGGCGGCGGCGGCGGCGGCGGUGGUUUCAAGCCUAGCUAUGGCGGUGGCGGCGGUGGUGGUGGUUAUGGCGGCAGUAACGCAUACUCAUCCAGCAGUGCGAACAGCUACAGCGGUGGUUAUGGGGGCAGUGGUGGCAAUGGAGGCUAUGGUGGUCAUCCAGGUGGUGGCGGUGGUGGCUUUUGUAACACCUGUGGUGGUGGUGGUGGUGGCGGUGGUGGUUAUGGCGGUAGUGGUUCCUACGCCAGUGCGCAAUCGUCGGCUAGUGCCCACGCUGGUUCAUGGUGA